AGAGUCAGUUUCUGUCUGAUUCACCAUGAAGACACUGCUGCUACUCGUUCUGGCUGGCUACUGUCUGAGUGUGUGUGGGUCGGUCAGCAAAGAAACACACGCACGUUCUGAUGGUGACAGAGACGGUUCUACUGUUCUUCCGGAACUAAACGGGGUUCUGUUAUUGACAAAAGAACAUUUUAACAGAGCACUUCAACAACACAAUCAGCUGCUGGUCCACUUCUUUGCUCCUCUCUCUGGGGAUUCUCAGCGAUUGGACUUACUAUUCCGUGGAGCAGUGGAGCAGUUGACUGGAUUGGACGUGAAACUGGGGGUUGUUGAUGUCUCCAAAGAAACCAAACUGGCAAAGGAGUUGAAUGCCACAACUCCACCCCCUCUACGACUCUACGAAUCAGGAGACAGAUACAACCCUGUACAUUGUCCAGUUUUCCAGAGUUCAGCUUCCAUCGUGACAUGGCUGAAGAGGAGGGCAGGGCCUAGUGCUGACAUCAUCGCUGACCUGGACCAAUCCGAUCGCUUUGUGGCCUCAGAGGAGCUUGUGGUUUUGGGACUGUUUAAGGACGUGGAGCAGGGUUAUGUGAAGCUGUUCUAUGCGGCAGCCUGUGACCUCCCUGACCUCUCCUUCUCCGUAACGCAGAACCAAAAUGUUUUCGGGAAGUAUGACAUCAUACAUGACUCAGUGCUGCUACUUCGACAGUCAGAAGUAGUCCAGGUUUUCGAAGUGACCAGUCAGACAUCUAAAGAGGAUCUCAUCUCCUUCAUCAGUGUUUAUCAGCUGGAGUUGGUAACUGAAUAUAAUGGACAGACAGCAAGUCGUAUCCUCUCCUCCACUGUGGUAAAUCACGCCAUCCUGUUUGUCAACAAGACUGAUGAAGGAUUUCCAACAGUCCACUCUGCUUUCCAGGCUGCUGCUGCCAUCUAUAGGGGGCAGGUGUUGUUUGUGAUGGUAGAUGUUGAUGAGCCAAGGAAUGGUAGAAUGUUGGAAUACUUCCGUGUAAGAGAGACAGAGGCUCCAAUGGUGCGAUUGGUCAACCUAACCAGUCAUGUAACCUAUCACUUGCCUUCUGAGACGCUGGACAUGCCCACCAUCACAGCCUUCUGCCAGAGCUACCUGGAGGGAAAAGCACAGCCAAAGAUGCAGAGUGAGGUGGAACCAGCAGACUGGGAUCUGAAGCCUGUGAAACAGCUGGUGGGACAAACGCUGGAAAGAGUGGCCUUUAACCCCGACAAGACUGUCUUCAUCAUGUUCUAUCUGCCCUACAGUGCAGAAAGUCGUUCUCUGUUCCCAUUGUGGGAGGAGCUAGCCCAGCACUUCCUGGACAGACAGGAAAUUGUAAUUGCUCGCAUCGACGCCUCAGCCAAUGAUAUUAACCUGUCGAUGAGGGAACGGUACCCCACCCUGCGUCUCUUCCCCGCGCUGCAUGCAGAGAGGGUGGUGGCCUACUCUGGUAGGAGGACCCUGAAUAAUCUGGUUCAGUUUGUAGAGAAAGAGAUGAAGAGAGCAAAGAAAGAGAGGGUCCAGGAAGAGAAGGAUCGGAAGAAGUACAUUGAAGAGCAGAAAGCUAUGGAAGCCAAAGAAGCGAAAAAGGCCAAAGAGUCAAAACAAGAACUGUAACUAAACCCCAGUAGAACUCAUAGCUCUGUUCUAGAACUCAAUGUUAAGCUCUUGUAGACUCAUGGUAGAGCUGUAGAACUUAGAGUACUAGGUGUUCCAGGAAAAUAACUGUGUACAUGUUUUGAACUCUACUUUGUUGUGAUUGCUAAUCAUGCAUUUACUUUGUUUAUUGAAAAUGAUUGUUUUGUGUUUUGUGCACAUUCAGAUAUUUGGAAUUGUGUACAAAGUGGAAAUCAAAUAAAACAAAUAAAUAAAAUAAUUAACAGUGACAAAGCAGAACUGUCAAGUGACUGAAGGCUUGGCAGGAUCCAUUCCCAUCAGGGGAAUAUAUGGUCAUCGGUCAAAGCAGUAACAAGCCAUCUAGAGCACUACAGCUUUCAUCAGGGGAUGACAUGGUCAUCGGUCAAAACAUUAACAAGCACCACAGCUUUUAAAAAGCAUUUUCCAUUAAUAGGAUCUCUGCAUGUGUGGUAGCAUUGCCUUUGAUUUCAGUCAGAGCCAAUAACCCUGUAGACUUCCUGGUUUUAUGGACCUCUACUCAUCAUAACCCUGUAGACUUCCUGUCCCCCCCAAGGAG